GCGCCCCCGCCCGCCCGGCGCUUCCCCCGCCGCGGCCCCGCCGGCCAUGUCGCGGGGCUCCCGCCUGGCGCUGGCCGUCUCCGCGCUGCUCUCCGCCGCCAUCGUGGCGGCCGUGCACAUGCAGCAGCGCCGGGAGCUGGAGAGGCUGCGAAGUGGCGUUAUCAGAGAUCUUGAGCGUCAGAACCAGAAAAAGGAGAACAUUCGCCUGUUAGAAGAGCAGAUUGCUCUGACAAAGCAGCUCGUGGAAGAAAGAGACAAGGCGCUAAUGGAAAAACGUUCCCAGUAGUCCUAGGCACAGGCCUGGCUCCUUAGAGGUUUGAUUAAAGACGUUUGGCGGUCA